AUGGCUGUCGCCGCGUCGUCGCUCAUCGGAAACCGAUCGGCCCGAAUCCAGGCCCGAUUCGCUUUCGGUGGGAAGAAAUCGGCCCCCAAGCGCGCCGCCUCGAAGACCGUCGUCCCCGACCGGCCGCUGUGGUAUCCCGGCACCAAGGCGCCAGAAUAUCUCGACGGGUCGCUCGUCAACCUGGCCAAGAACGUCGCCGGAGACAUAAUCGGGACAAGGACGGAGGUCGCCGACGUGAAGUCGACGACGUUCCAGCCGUACAGCGAGGUAUUCAGGCUUCAAAGGUUCAGGAAAUGCGAGCUUAUUCAUGGAAGGUGGGCCAUGCUCGCCACACUCGGAGCCUUGACCGUCGAGUGGCUCACCGGUGUCACGUGGCAGGACGCCGGAAAGAAAUCACGAAUCAAAACUGACUCGAACCGCCGGUCGAACCGGCCGGUUCGCUGGCUGGCCGGACCGCCGGCUCGACUGGGCCGGGCGGUCGGGCUGGGUUCGGCUAGACCGGGCUCGGUCCCGUGCCGGGCCAGCUGGUGCCCGGGCACGGCGCUGGGCACGGCUGGUGCGACCGGGCUCGGUCCCUGGGGCCGCUGGACAUGGCUUGGCGCGGACUGGCGCUGGUGGGCACGGCCAGGGGCUGCUGGCACGGCCCGGGCACGACUGGUGCCCCUCGGGUGCGAGCUGGGCACGGCCGAGGCUCGACUGAGGCGCUGUCGUGCGGCUGGGCACGGACAGGCACUGGCCAGACACUGCUGGCACGGGGAAGGCACGGACAGAGACCACACGGGCGCUGCCGGGUGUCCCCGAGGUCACUGGGCACUCGGGCAUGCUGCUGGGGCAUGCACCGAGGCCAACUGGGCUCAGCUGGCCCGGCUCGGGUCAGCCCUGGACUUGGCACGAGGCUCUGGCACGAGACCUCGUGCACUGGGGCUUGCACGGGCGCUGCCGGGCGCCGUGCGCAUGGCUGGGCACGCUGGGUGCCAUGGCCACGCGUGCUGGGGCUACUGGGGCUUAUGCUUGGCACACGGGCACGCACUGGGCGCUGCGGGCGCUGUUGCGUGCACGCGGGCUGUGCCUCGCGCCUACCGGGCGCGGGCACUGGCUAAGGCUACCCUCUGCAGGCACGGACAGGCACUGGGGCCGGGCACUACCGCACUACGUGCGCGGCCAGUGACCAAGGCCGGCCCUUGCCGGACCUCCGGCGACUAUUUCCGGCAACAUGCAUGA